CCCCGGGGAGAGCGGUGGCGGGUUCGCACCGGGGUUCCCCGCCCCGUCCCCUGGGCCUCACCCGCCCCCUCGGCGGCGGGCUCGGUCGCUGCUCCCGGCUGGGGCCGGGUUCCCCCCCGGCUCCCUUCCCCUAAGGGCCGGGUUCCCCCCCGCUCCCUUCUCGCCCUCCCCGGGGCCGGCCCCGCUGUUUCCCGCCCUGGGUCAGCGCCUGGCCCCGGUGCGGCCCCCGUUCCCCCGGGGGUCCCCCCCCAGCGGGGCGGUGAGGCGGGUGGGGGACGCCCGGGCGCGGUUUCGGGGCGCUGCUCUCCUCACCGGUUCGUUCGUUCCGGGUGCCCCGGGCUGGGCGUUUGUGCUCGGGAAGAAAAACCGCGUCGGCUGCGGAGCUGGUGGGGGCAGGCGGCUGCGAGCCUGUGCUGCUCCCCUGACCCCCGGCUCGUUGUGGAAACACGCGGUGCCGUUGGGACAUCUUGACAUUUCAGGCAUCUGCUGUGGGAGCUGCUGCAGAAAAGAAACCCAAAACACAGCUGUCCUCGGAGUUGAGGGAUCUGUUUCCUCGUGUGAGCCUGACUGCCAUGGCUGGGCAUUGAUGCUUUUCAGUACAGCUGUUCAAAAUGGCAGAGAAAGGUGGAAAUGAAGAGGUAAUUAACUUGAACAGCUUCCGUAGUCACCGAGGGAAAGACUGCAUAAACCGCAGGGAUGAAGGUCUUAUCAUGAUAUCAGAUUCCUCGGAUGAAGAAUUACCCUUGCUGGAAACGCCAGCAGAGCAGAAGCAUGAGGAAGAUGAUGACGAUGUAGUCAUCUUGGCAACGAUCCCAAAGCAUCAGCAGCUUCUGCGCCCCAAUGUCAUCAGACCUGCUGCUCAAUGGCAGGGUGCAAACCCUGUGGGAGAAGGAGGAUCUAAAAGUGCAGUCGAGCCCUUGAGAAGCGUAUAUCUGCAAGAUGAGAUCGCGACUCUGCUGUGCCAGGGAGACCGGUAUAAUCACAUGGUGGAGAGCAGUGCUGGACCGAGCUGGGACAAGAAUGUGACCUUUGCCUUGCAGCAGCCUGGACCAUCUGAGCUUAAUGGUCCCAAGUUUGAACUUACAAGUAACAAGGAGCCUGGCCCAAGUUUGCUUCCAGCAAUGAAGACGAGUCCACAGCCUGUUGUUAACAGAGAAGUGGUUAGAGUGGAGAAUGCAGACCUUCCACCACAACAGGAAGAAAAGGUAGAAGCCCCAGGAUGGCAAGGAGAGGACUUGGAGCCAGAGCAAAACCCCAGAGGAAAAGGUGCUACAGCCAACACAGACCUGGAGAUCCAUGAGAAUCCUGAGAUCCAUGAGAGCCAGCUGGAUCACCCAUACUUCCAGCCGUUGGAGGGUGAGCCACAUGCUGUAGUAAAUGGUUGUGCUCCUCAGCAAGGGCAACCUGAAGCAGACCCAGGAUCUUUGAGGGCAUGUGGAGAGAAGGCUCCUGGGCCAGCCUUCCCCCGACCUGAACCACAGCAGGAUGGGAUUCCAGGUCCUGCUUCACCCCAGCUGGCGCAUCCACCAGAAGAAACGGGUCAGCAGGCAGCAAUAGACAAUGAACAGCCAGGUCCAGCGUUCCCUGCACAGGGCUCUCAUGAACUUGGCUGUAGUAAUGUGCCAGAACAAGGAGCUGCUGGGCAGGACCAAGACCUCACUGCACUGCUCAUCAGAGAGACAGAAGCAAGAUUCCCAGAUGUGAAGAAGGAAUAUAUCGAAGAGCUAAUCAGCAUCAAGAACUGCUAUGACUUAAAUGUACUUUGUAACUUCCUUCUGGAAAAUCCAGAUUACCCAAAGAAGGAAGGCAGAGUGGUUUUAAAUCCCAGCAGCAGCCUGCUUGCCAGCCAAGAUGAAACAAAGGUGCCUAAAGUGGACUACUUCGACUUUUCCAAACUCGCCCCACUUGACCAGCGGUGCUUUAUUCAGGCAGCUGACCUCCUUAUGGCAGACUUCAAAAUGCUGAGUAGCCAAGACAUCAAGUGGGCGCUACAUGAACUCAAGGGACACUAUGCAAUCACACGAAAGGCCUUUUCAGAUGCUAUCAAAAAAUGGCAGGAGCUGUCUCCUGAAACCAGUGGGAAACGAAAAAGGAGGAAAGAAAUGAAUCAGUAUUCAUAUAUAGACUUCAAAUUUGAGCAAGGGGAUGUGAAAAUCGAGAAGCGCAUGUUCUUUCUGGAGAAUAAGAGACGGCACUGGAGGACCUACGACAAGCGUGCUCUUCUCCCACCGGUGCUACUGGAGCAGGAAUUCUAUGAGCAGAAAGUUAAAGAGAUGGCAGAGCAUGCAGACUUUCUCCUUGCUCUGCAGAUGAAUGAGGAGCAAUAUCAGAAGGAUGGUCAGAUGAUAGAGUGCCGCUGUUGUUACGGGGAGUUUGCAUUUGAAGAGCUAACUCAGUGUGCAGAUGGUCACUUAUUCUGCAAGGAGUGCCUAAUUAAAUAUGCUCAGGAGGCAGUCUUCGGCUCUGGGAAGUCGGAGCUCAGCUGCAUGGAAGGCAGUUGCACAUGUUCAUUCCCCACCAGUGAGCUGGAGAAAGUGCUUCCAGAGAACAUCCUCUGUAAAUACUAUGAGCGGAAAGCUGAGGAGGAGGUGGCUGCCGCCUGUGCCGAUGAGCUCGUCAGGUGUCCAUUCUGUAACUUCCCGGCUCUGCUGGACAGUGAUGUGAAGCGGUUCAGCUGCCCUAAUCCCCGCUGCAGAAAGGAGACGUGUCGGAAGUGCCAGGGGCUGUGGAAGGAGCACAUGAACCUCACCUGCGAGCAGCUGGCUGAGAAGGAUGACAUCAAAUACAGGACAUCCAUAGAAGAGAAAAUGACAGCUGCCCGAAUUAGAAAAUGCCACAAGUGUGGGACUGGCCUCAUUAAAUCGGAGGGUUGCAACCGCAUGUCCUGCCGAUGCGGUGCUCAGAUGUGCUACCUCUGCCGGGCUGCCAUUAACGGGUACGACCACUUCUGCCAGCACCCCCGCUCGCCCGGGGCUCCCUGCCAGGACUGUGCAAAGUGCUCGCUUUGGACAGAUCCCACAGAAGACGAUGAGAAGAUAAUCCAGGAGAUUCAGAAGGAGGCUGAAGAGGAGCAAAGGAAGAAAAAUGGAGAGAACAGCUUCAAGCGGAUUGGCCCUCCUGCAGAAAAGCCCAUGGAGAAAAUCCAGAGAAUUGAAGUCAUCCCCAGACCCGUUCCUCAGAACCUCCAUCAACCCCGGAUGCCCCCUUACCCCUUCGUGCACCCUCCCUUCCCGCUCCCUCCCGUCCGUCCCAUGUACAAUAACAUCCCCCUCAACAUCGGCCCCAUCCCUGCCCCCUACGUCCCCCCACUACCGAACAUGAGGGUGAACUAUGAUUUCCCUCAGAUCAAUGUUCAGCUGGAGCACAACUUGCCUAUGCACUUUGGCCCUCAGCCCCGACACCGGUUCUGACCUGGUUCAAACAGCACUUGGUGGAGGGUCAUUGCAGGGCGAAGCCACCCCCGUAACACCACCACCCUUCCUUCUGCAGCCCCCCUGGUUUAGCCAGCGGGAAGGGGACGGGCUCUGGCUCACAGAUACCUGCACUGCACCCUUCUCUAGAGCUUCUCUGAACUUCUGCGGUCAAACAUUUCAACCUGUGCUGCUACAGGGCUUGGUGCUGCGUUUCCAAGGGGUCUCUCCCUCUGUUGGGCAUGCAGAUGUUUAGAUUUGACAAAGCCUGUUCGGGUAGCUGUUGGGAAGAAAAGUGAGACUUUGUGGGGAGCACAAGGAUGCAGCUGUCACUCGGGGACUUUCCAAAAAUCCUACCAGUCGGAGCAGCUGCCACACAAUCGAGUGAGUCUUGGGGGAAGGGAGGAGAGACUUGGCAUCUGAGUAAGACCUUCAGGAGCAAGGUAACAGGAGUCGGCAGCCCUAGCCUUCUGCUUGCAGGGAGGUACAGGGCUGGGUUCCGUGUUCUCCGGCAUCCCUGUAACCUGCUAGCACCUCACAGCAGAAAUAAAUUGUUCAAAACCAAGUCAGUCUAGCGUUUCUAGCAUUUCUCACUCUACAAGUGGAGUGAGGGGAUGCAGCAGCCAUCUCAUUGCUGAGAUCUCAGUAGGAAGCCCAGGACCAUGUCUCAGGGCUUUAACAAGUAGCAAAAGACUCGGGCACCCUAACCUUUGAACUUGCCCCCUUUGAAGGGCUCAGGACUUUUUUCCCCCUAGGGGUGAGUGCCUGUCAGCUUCCAAAACAUGGCCUUUGCUGUUCUCAUCUGGCAUCCCACAUCUCCCCCUGCUUCUGGCAGCAGUCCUUACAGAGCUGAUAGAAGCACCUGGAGCCUGAGCUGCAUUCUUCAUUGCAAAACUGCUUGGGCAAAUAACCUGGUUAGAUGCAUAGAUGGUGGUGUGUGAUGUGUGUCGUAGAAGAAGGGUGAGGAACUGCCCCUGCAGUCGUGCGUGCAGGCAGCGGUGAGCCGGGAGCCCCCUUAGCCGACCCCCCUGCAGCGAAGGGGCAGCUGUAGCCUUGUGCUGCAGGAAGCUGGCUGCUUCCGCGGCACUUAAUGCCUUCUGCAAAAUGUGUGUUUCAGCUUAAUUGGCUUUGGAAAAGCAUGUUAAAAGGCAAACGUGAGUAUUGCUGGACUUAGGAAGUGAGGAUUUAGGAAAAGCAAAACUUCCUUGUAAGAAGCAGGGGGUGUAUUGCUGGGCUGUGGGAGGAGUGUUGGCACAAAGCCCUUUCCCCACAGGCCUUGGCUGUGCUGUCUCGUAUGGGCCCCCUCUAGAAAAGAAAAUGGUUGAAGUGGAAAAAAAAAAGCCCCAAAACUCUUCCCAGAAAUGCUGUGCUAGCUUUUAGCAGCCCGGUUGUGCUGUUGUUGUUUCCCAAGUGGUUUGAUCCGGGCUUUGUUCUGCUCUGUCCGGCUGGGAGCUGUCUGGGUGCGUUUCCUCUCCUGUUAUUCCCCCCUGUAUCUUGGCAUCCAGGUAUCUCUGUUUGAUUUGUUUUUCAGGUUAAACUCCCUGCCUCUGCCACGCGGUCCCUGCCAGACCCUCGCGCAGCUCUCCAUGUCCGCUCCCAGCACAGCGUCCCCUCGGGCACACAGUGAGCGAUGGGUGCAGUGCUGGUGGCGGGAUGCUCCUGGGGAAAGGUAGCCUCCACCGUGGCCUGGGACAGCACCUGGGGACCACUGUUCCCAGAAGGGUCUCCCAGAGGGGACUUCUAUGUCUUUUGGAGCUGAGUCAGCGAUUUUUUUCCACUCUUGGGCAUUGCCUUGGGGUUGGACAUACCCUGUGGAGUUCCAGCUCCUCAGUGCCGCCGUCUCUCUAGCAGUAAUAACCAAGUGCUAUUCCCUUGCUGCUAUAAUUUUCUUUAAUUUAUUUCUGGAAGUAGUCUGGGGGCUGCCGGAGCUUAUCACUUGCUGCUCAGCUGGGUUUUAACCAGAUUUAAAUCCUGCCUUGCACCAAGCGAUUCCCUGCGGUAGCCAGGAGCAGGGCGUCCCGUGGGAUCUGGGGAGGGAGGGCUGUGUUCACAGCACUAGAGGGUGGCAAGAAAAUGGACUGAGGUCAGAAGAAGCACGGCUGCUUCUUAGAACCAGGUCAGAAGAAAGGGAAUCCUGGUUUUUUAGUAGCUGAGAUUUUCUGGGCUCAAGGGUCAGCUUGGAUGAGCCCUCCAGGCCUCCUGAACCUUGUGCCUUUCCCAGCAGCAUGGUUGCGGUUGUCCCCCAGCACCUGCCUGUGCGAAGGGGGGGGUCAGGCAGUGGAGGGGGUUCGAGCAGUUGGGGCACAGCUCAGGUGCUGAGCCGGUGGCCCAGACGUGGAAGGUGAAGGAAACGUGAUGGGUGUCACAGGGCGAUGUGGCUGGGAGCAGUAACUAGCAAAACGGUGAUUGGGUGCGUGUCUAGAGCUGCCUGGAGGUCUGCAAAGCCUGGGCAGGGGGGAGCGCAGAGAUGGAGCGUGAGGGAUGGAGGAGUGUCGGGCAGAGGUGCCAAGGGCAGGUUAGUGUCAGUGCUCAGUCCUCGUGGUCGGGAUGUGAUGAGGGUCUGCUGCUGCCGUGGUGUGAUGGUUGUGGUCUUGGAGGAGCCUGGUGGGCGUAGGGGAAGAGGGGACCACUGUCCCCGUGUCCCCUGCCAAAACCAUGAGCUUAUUUGUGUCUGAGAGAAGAGAAAUGGGUGCUUGGUCUGCGAUGCGGCUGUGCCCUGCGCCCAGCAGCCCCCAGCGAUGAGCCUUAGCCCUCUGCCCAGCCCUGGGGUGGUGCUGGGCUCCGAGCUGCUUCCCUCCCCAGGGAUCACUCCCUUCACCGAAAAUUACUCCACAGCCAACGCGUGUGGCCUCUCCUCCCCUCUUAACCCAAGAGACCUUGAGCUGUGGUUUCUGAUAGCACUUGGAUCUGGGUCAGUUUAUUUUAAAAGAAAAAAAGAAACCCAAAACUUAGUGCAGAAGCACCAGAGCCAUCUGUGAUCUGCAUCCCGUUUUCCCUCCUGCCCUGCGGUCCUUGAAACCAUUUGUCCUUCAAAAGGGGACAGGGAGGUUGCUGUGCCCAGGCUGAUUCCAUAACAGGUACUUCUCAUGGUUAAUUGCAGUGUCCCAUUUUACUUGCCUUAAAGGUGGAGAGAGAAACUUAGUAUUUGCACUUAGCAAAACAUUAUAUUAAAAGAAAGAAACCCUGUAAAGAUGUGCAUGUUCUGCAACUUUGUAUAACAAUAGCUGAAAAUAAAUAGGUGGUUUGUUACAAAAAAAAAAGAAAAAAAAAACCCCACACCCAAAAAAAACCCCAACAUAUUUUUCUUUACCUUCUGGUAGUAAACUGUUCUAAUAUUCUGUGUGUAAAAAGUUCCUGUAUUAUAUUGUAAUUUGAAUUUUUUGUAAAUAAAUUUGUGCACUCUG